AUGCAAGCAAUGAUGACAGUUACAGUUCUUCUAUUGGCUUUAUUGUCGAGUCAUUUCACAACAGGUCAAAUCCCAAAUCCCGAUCAAUAUCGAUUUACAUGGACAUCAGAUGAUGUUGCUCAAGAGCGAUAUGCUAUCGAUAAAGAAGCAGGUAAAAUGUCACGUUUGUGGUUCUCAAAUACUGGCGAUGUAGAGUUUGGUGGUAAUCAAGAUAUCUAUGUACGCGAUGAUGGUCGCACAUAUUCAUUUAAUUUCAUGGCACAACCGCCACAGUGUAUUGCCAAUAGAGGUGGUCCAUACAAUGAAAUGAAUUAUUGGCCAAAUCUGGUUCAAUCAUUUGGUGGCGAACAGAAAAAAUAUGAUGAACUAAUGUUUGAUCCCGACUGCGAUGGAACUUGUCUAACUUGGAAAACUGAAUUCAAUGAAACCUAUCAUCAUUAUCGUUAUGUAAAUCGACUUUAUGUGAAAAAAGCAGAAAAAAAGCCAAUAAAAAUAGUUCUGAAAACGUACGAUUUGAACACAGGAACGUUGGUGUCAACAUCUGUUACUCGAUUUGUCAACUGGGUAACAGGCAAGGUGCCCGCUUAUGAAUAUGACUAUCCAAUGGAGUUGGAAACAUGUUUUAACCCUUAA